AAACGCAAACAAACUGAAGCUCUGAGUCGAAGAUGAUGUUGAAGAGGAAUGCAAUACUGGUGAUCGUGGGAGCCGCUGUCUUGGGAGUGCUGUCUCUGAUGUCCCUGGCGGCCGUAGUUGGACUGGGAAUUGCAGGCAUACUGGAGGCCAAGAACCGGAACCCGUGUGAACGAAGCAAUGGGACUGAUUGUAUGUUCAGCGAACCUCUCGACACGAACCUCAACAAUAGCGAACCA